CACGUCUCCUUGCAGCUUCUUGCUUAUUUUACUUCCCUCCAUUGCGGUAAUCUUCUUCUCUCUGUUGUAUUUUCGCUUCGGACCCAUCUAUCAAUGGAAGGUUCUUCUACCAAUCAGCGUUCGGAUUUCGGGAAGAUGGGAUAUGGAUGCAAGCAUUACAGAAGAAGAUGUAAGAUUCGAGCUCCAUGCUGCAACGAGGUCUUCCCCUGCCGCCACUGUCACAACGAAGCAAUGAGCAUGAUGCGCAAUCCCCGUGAUCCGCACGAGCUUUGCCGGCACGACGUUCGCCAAGUGAUUUGCUCAGUUUGUGACACAGAACAGCCGGUUGCACGAGUAUGUUCUAACUGCGGCGUUAAUAUGGGAGAAUACUUCUGUGAAGUUUGCAAAUUCUAUGAUGAUGAUACUGAAAAAAGACAUUUUCAUUGCAAUGAGUGUGGUAUUUGCAGAGUUGGAGGCCGGGAGAACUUCUUUCACUGCCAGAAGUGUGGAUCUUGCUACUCAAUUGGCUUGCGUGAUAAUCACUCGUGCGUGGAGAACUCAAUGCGGCACCAUUGUCCCAUUUGUUAUGAGUAUCUUUUUGACUCAUUGAAAGCAACAGCGGUUCUGAAAUGUGGGCACACAAUUCAUUCGGAAUGUUUAAAUGAGAUGCAGAAGCAUGACCAGUAUUCAUGUCCACUAUGCUUCAAGUCUGUGAUUGACAUGAGUAUAUACUGGAAGAGAAUAGAUGAGGAGAUACAAGAAACCAGAAUGCCUGAGGAGUACCAGAACAAGAAGGUUUGGAUUCUUUGUAAUGACUGCAAUGAUACCACUGAAGUCUUCUUUCACAUAAUCGGGCACAAAUGCUGCCACUGUAACUCAUACAAUACACGCAUGAUCUCACCGCCAGUCAUUCCCUGAUGGCUAGAUUCUGAUCACCGGAAGAUAGGAAUACAGUUCGCAAUCCUCAAAGAAUAUGCUGAGGCCCCACAAAGUUACCUUCAUGUGCUAGCUGAGCUUCACUGCAACAGUUACUCUUUUGUUGCAUGUAACAGAAGUGUUCAUGAUAGUGCGCUCCACUAGUUUCCAUCCUAUUCUUUUAUAUUGGAUUGAGUAGCAUUGGUUUGUGAAGAAAUGUUUAAGUUGGAUUUAUGCAACCUUCCAUCAAGCAUUCAUCAUCA